AUGCAUGUUUAAUCAUAAAUUGUAUUAAAAAGCUUUAAAUAUGAGUCUGCAACUGGUGAAGCUAAUUAAGCUGGGAUUGUGAAAAAAUUAGAGACAAUGAUCUUAAUUAUUUCAGCUUUUGACAUAUUUAAUUAAGGGAACCUAAAUGAAAUUCACCAGGUCAAAUAGUUCAAAAUACUAGGGCCAUACGAAAAUGAUGUAUCCAAGUUCUAACAGACAAGAAUUAUCAUGGGUGCAUAGGACUGUUUCCGUGCUAGAAACUACAAGGUGGCGGAUAACUUAGUUGAUACCUUACUAAUCCACGAGGAAGAAGAAGUAAGAGGUAAAGGUCUCUAAUUUACAGCAGCUUUACUUGUUUAUGAGGUAUGCCGCAUUUUUAUUUUCGAGGUAACCACCAUCAAAGUGAAAGAUGAACGCAUCAAGAGUGGUAUCGGCUCUAUCUUUUUUGGAGAUGUUGUGUAAUACAUCUCGGAAACUACCCAUGCUAUAAACUAUACUGCUGGUUGCAUGGCUAAUCAAAAUGUCUUCAAACCAGAAGAAAGCGAAGAGAUAAAGAAGGAGGAUAGCCUCGAGAUAGUAGAAAAGAAAUCUACUAAAUCAAAGAAGUCGGGUUUAUUUACUGUGUCUACAUCCAGGGUUUCCAAACAUUGCAACUAUGGGAACUGUGACUGGAAGGAAAGUGAUGGCGGGAGAUGGGUUCGUCAUUUAAAAGGAGUACACAAGUAAAAUGAAACUCCUGAUGAAUCUAAAUAUUCUAAAUGUGUUGGAGAGUGUGUCUUUAUUGUUUAAAAGUAUCUGCUCUAAGAGAAAGAGGUACGAUUAUAUUACCUCUAAGAAUCUAGUCGUCUGUAAUGUUUGUGCCAGCAAGAAGGUACCAAAGAAAAAUACGAUAAGAGAGAGAGAGAGAGAGAUGAGUCUCCUCUUAUUAUUAAUGAUGAUGCUGAAGAUCUAGGUAUGAUCCAAGACUAGGGACUCUCUCAGUCUGCGUUACAGCAUCUCCAAACAAAGUAAAUGGGAGUUUAGUCUGAUUUAGAUGUCAUCAUGCAGCAGCUAUCUGAAGAAUAAAUAGGUGGGUAUGGGAAAAAGGGGUCUGCGAUAAAGGGUAGUGCUCCUUCUAAGAGAGUCAAGAAUGAUAUCUCCUCUUCUGUCAUUCAUGGCAUAACUACUACUAUGGCAUCAACAACUAGUUCAUAGACAAACGCUUUAUCUCUAUCUAACAUCUAGAUGGAUGAUCAAUCAUCUAUAGCUGCUAUCACUUUAGUGUCCCAGACAAAAUAAGAUGAAGAUGAACAAAUUAAGCAUUUAACAGCCAUCUUAUCAAGCAAUGAAGAUGUAUCAAUCACAGUCUUCAAAAUCGCACAUAUAUGCCAUCUUUUUAGUUUAAGAUGUGCUGCAAAGUAUAUUGCUAAACUCCAUUGCAAGCCUCUUACUAAUGGUAUCAUACUGCUUGAAACACAUUGUUGUGUAUCCGCUUUAUCUAAUUCAGACAUUACACUAGUUGAAGUAAUUAUGAUAAAGUUUGGUGUAUAUGUGUCAAGUGUUUACUACAACGAUGCUUCGUAGUGGAUACAGAAGAGCCGGAAGUAUACCACAUAGUAGUAGAUAAAAUUAAUGUAACACUACUAAAGUAAUGGUAGUUUUACCAAUUAAAGUGUAAUGACUUUAUCGAUAGUCAUACAAUAAGCAGAGCCGUCAUCAUUCAUACCUUUCGUUUAAUAAUCAAUGAUUAAUAUGAGAGGUCAGAUGAUUACAAUAAUGAAUAACAUUAUCAGUAAGCCUCGCCAACAAACGAUCACAUAAUAAUAAUUCCGAGAGGUCAUCCUAUGUUUAACUGAUGAUAGUGUUGCCAGUAUAGUUGACAAAGUAAUCAACUUAAAGGUUACACCUCUAGUUAAAUGGAAGUAGCUAAUUGAAUCUACUCCUAAUGUGUCCAAUGUGACUGAUGCUGAAUCCAUCUAGACAGCUAUGGAUAGCUCCAUCUUAGUCCAGAAUAAUGGCAGUAUCAUUAUGAUAUACCUGAUGAGUAGUGCAGAUACUAAAGUCCAUGAUGAGUUCAUUAGUAAACAUCUAAUGAAAAGAGAUCAGUAAAAGUUCGCUGAUAUACUUUACUAUGUCUAUGAUGCAGACACUAAAGUUCAGUAUCAUGUUGGUAUCGAGUUUGAACCAGAAACAAGUGCGAUCGUUUUGAUAGAUGAAGCCGAAACCUUCAGGCUUGAUAAUCCAGAGAAAUUUAAAACUUUUACCUCUGCUAAUGCUUGUAUAGGCUUAACAGAAAAUCCAGCUAUGACCAAGAUGGAGUCAAUAGUUUAAGAGUAGCUGAACUUCAAGUAGAACUCUUACUUUUUAGAUGAAGGCACCAUUGAUACUUACGAGAAGAUAUCAAUGGACUCAGAGAUGGAUGUACCUGACAAUAAAACUAAAAUAUCUUACAUCGCUGAUAUAGCUAAACUUAAUCCUGUGCUUGUGUUUGGCAAUGAGGUACUAUUAGUAGCUCUCAAUGAAGCUAAGAUCAAUGUAGUCUCAAUAGACAAUGAGAUUGCCUACAAACUCCUAAGAUAGUUAGACACUUUAGGAGAAGAUAUGAUUUACACUACUAAUGAUCAAAAUCUUUACCCAUCACACUUAUAAUUGCUCAGAGUUUGCAAAGCAGAAAAGAUGCUAUGCAAGGCUUUAACAGAGUAGGAAGAUUCGGAGAUGAAUGCAAGAUAGGAAGGUUUAGUGAUACAUCUGUCUUAAAUUUUGCUAAAAAACGGCAGAUGUCUCUAUAGCACUAUUAACUACCACAACAAAGACAUCAAUAGCAAUAGAUGUUUGAAUCUUUUCAAGAACUACUAUCCAACACACAGAGCAAGUCUUUUUUAAAUUUAUAUUACUCAGAAAGACUCCUGGUGGUCUAAUAUAACUAAGCAGAUGGAAAGGUUCUACGGUCAGAACAUAGAAGGUCCAGAAGAAGAAUCGGAAAGAAUUAGCAACCAUGGCUUCUGGAUAGGUAACGAAUCAAUUAAAAAUGAGCAUGCGUACGAUUCAGAACUUUCUCAAGCAAUUGUUGAUUUUUUAAAAGGUAAAGGAGCUCAAUCAGUAGUUGAUUUCGGCUGUGGGCCAGGAAAAUACACUGAGGCUUUGCUAAAAAAUGGAUUAAAUUGUGUAGGUUAUGAUGGAAACCCUGAAACACCUGCAAUUACUAAUGGCUUAUGCAAGGUAAUUGAUUUAGCAGAAGAUUUCUAGCUUGAAACUUAAUUUGAAUGGGUUUUAUGCUUGGAGGUUGGAGAGCAUAUCCCAAAAGAGUUUGAAUCUGUAUUACUUAGGAAUCUAAAGAACCACUGUUAAAAGGGGAUUAUUCUCAGUUGGGCUGUUAUUGAUCAACCAGGGUUUGGUCACUGCAAUUGCUAGAACAAUGAUUAUGUAAAAAAGACAAUGGCUGAUCUAGGGUUCAUUGCUGACUAAGAAAGUGAAACAAUUUUGAGAGAAAAAUCAUCUCUUCCUUGGUUUAAAAAUACAAUCUUGGUAUUUACAAAUGCAGUAUGA